UGUUUCUGUCGGCCGUGACUCACACUCCCACCCUGCCCGACAUCCGUGCAGGCACAGCUGCUGCUGCUGCCGAUGACGACGCUGAGACAAAUGCCGCUCGACUGGUCGGAGCGAGACACCCGUGGAGCUGGCCACGAGCCCACAGCACUAAUAGAGCGACUACCUCCUCCACCCGCUACUCAACCACCGCAUCAUCACUCAGCAUCACGGACAGUGGGGGCUCCCUGCAGUGAGAGAGAGAGCUGGCGUGCAGACACGGGGCGAGCGCCAUCAGCAGCCGUGUUGACGCGACACGUGGCUCAUCUAGCCGCAGCAGCAGCAGCUGUAGCUGAUGAAGCAUCAUCCCUGCUGUUGUUCCUCGUCCAUGGACAUCGACUGAGGAGGUUUUGCCAUUGCCCAGUGGGCCAUCGGCGCGGCCUUCACCCACCGAGGGCCAUCCCCGUCUCGUCUGCUCGCUCCGAGCCAUGGUCUACGGCGGGAACACCACGCAGGCCCAGCACGCCGCCGUGGCCACGUGGACUCCCGCCGUCCCCGGCGGCAACGGCACCGCCCCGGGCCCUGCGCCGAUCCUCCUGUGCCCCAACGCGUCGGCGGGUUCCCAGUGGCUGUGGCACGUGCUCGGGGAGUGCCCUGAUGGGAGCCGGGACUACGCGAGCGUGGCCUUCGCGCUCCUGUCCAUCAUCUGCUUCCUGCUGGCCAUGCUGCCGCAGCUGUACGAGUCGUACCGCUCUGGCAAAGCUGACCAGGCCCUCUCCAUUUGGUUUCUGCUCGCUUGGCUGGGAGGCGACUGCUCCAACCUCAUUGGCUGCAUCCUGACAAAUCAGCCGCACCUACAGACGUUAAUGGCCGUGGACUACGUGAUGAUGGACAACUUGGUGAUGUCCCAGUACCUCUACUACCGAGUGAGAAAUCGGAAUGGCGAUGCCGGCUGUCUGCAGUGGUCGUGCGUAUGCUGGAUGCUGUCCUGUACCCUCCUCGCGUUGCUGCUGCCUUUCCUCCUCUUCUGGCACCACCCCCUGCUGGAGGCCCCUGCCCUUGGGACCAACUCCUCCCGCGCUCUUGCCCACGCUAGCAAGCUGCCUUCGUUGGGAUGGAUGGAGCUGGUCGGCUACACUUCCGGCUCAGCCUCUGCCGCCUUCUACCUCGGAGGGAGGCUGCCACAGCUGUACCGCAAUUACAAGCGGCACUCGGUGGAGGGAGUCUCGCUGGCGCUCUUCAUGCUUACAAUCCUGGGGAACAGCACGUACGGCACGAGUUUGGUGCUGAAGGCCCCCAGACCGGGCGAAACCGAGGGCCAGGCUAUCGUCGCUCACCUGCCCUGGCUCAUCGGCAGCUUCGGAACUCUGCUGCUUGACUCCGCUAUGGUAGCUCAGUUUGUGCGAUACAGACGCCGCCACGGUGGCCGCCCUGAAGGAGAGGACACCAUUCCGCUGCGGCUGGACGAGAGGGAAGGGGCCCCAUUGCUCAACGGCUGGGGGGAUGAGUGACGCCGCGCAUACCCAGAGGUCAUUGCCGUGACCCCAGGUUCACUGCCGUGACCCCAGGUUCACUGCCGUGACCCCAGGUCAUUGCCGUGACCCCUCGAUCCUGGAAGCGUUUGAGCGAAGUUUCCUGGGCUUGGCACGGCCGCAAGGGAGGCCGUGCUUUACGAUGUUCUUUUUUAAAACCAUCAAGCGGGUGUGAGAAUCUGCAGUGUGCUGCUUUCGCAUUCCUCUCUGUCAUUCCAGGUCCCUCCUGCCUGCGGGUCCGACCAUGGUAUUUACCCAUCACCGCUUGUCUUAAAUGUCAGUUGUGUCUCACGUCGGUGGCCUUCUUACUGUAGCGAUGUUGAAAAGCAAUAUUUAGUGAUAGCCCGUAACCUGAUCGUGACGUGAUCUUGAAAACUAUACUGAGCCAUACGUUGUCCAAUAUUGCGUCGGCCAUAAUGCCUUACAAUGUGCCUCGAAUCUCCAGUGGGAGACAGGGUUGGCCUGCACGGCCUCCUAGGAGCUCCCUGUCUCAGGGUUUCCCCUGCAAGACAACUACACACGUCUCUCGCCCCUUACAGCUGAGCGACCUGGGUGGCCGCUGAACUUCCCCACCCCUUGAUAAGGGCCCGGCUUGGCUCAGGGCACUACCAGCUUGUUGCUUGUUUUUCUAUUGAAUCAAACUUUAGCAGGGGAUUAACUCACGGAGGUUACUUCGUUUACAUGACAUUGAACCGGUCUUCCGUUGGAUCGAACUUGUUUUACAUUUUGGCUUGUAAACUCUGUGCAAUAAUUUCCGAGUUGGAGACACGGGUUUGAGUGGAACACUGAGUGUAUCGUUAUUUAUGAGUGCUCGUGUGCACGCACGUAAGGCUGAAAUAAAGGCGUCUUGUUGCUGCCA